AUGGCCAAGUCCAAAGCUGCCAAGCGCAAGCGCAAUGCGCAGGUCGAUCUCCCUCAAAAGCUCCCCAAGGCUGAUUCUACCCUCACGCCGCCUCCCGAUGGCACAAUUCUUGAACCAAAACACCUCAACACGGUUGUCCCGGACGAGGACCUCGAGAUCACUAUCGAGACUCUUGCGACCCUCACGCAAUAUCCCAACCUUACGAAGUCAAAGGCAUGCAAGGACCUUCGAGGUGCAGUCUACGAUUUCCGCCAGGCAUGCACAACGGGCGUCAAUUCUGCGGAAGGCGCAAACUUGACAGCACGAAUCACAGGUGCCUUGGCCGACAAGAAGUUCCUUGAUGCUAAGAUUCUGCUAGCUGAGAUGCGGAUCCGACGUGAGCAACCUAAGAUUGGGGCCUUGUGCCGUUGGGUGCGUGACUUGGAUGUUGUAAGCGGUCUUUCGACACAACCCGGGGCAAACCAAACUCCCGAGCGCAGCCCCGAAGACUUGGAUCUCCUCGGUGUCCUCGAUGCUGUCCUUCGCGUCAGCACUCCAAUUGACAGUAUGAACGCCGUUGACUCACCUGGCCCCAUUGCUUUUCAAUCCAUCUGGGAUCUGCGCCCUUCCUCGGAACCCCUCCAAAUCUAUGCCUCGGUUCUCGACAAAUCCAUCCUAGAAGAGGCACCCAAAUCCCCUACCGCCCUCCGUGUCAUCGAAACAACUCCCGGUCCCAUGCGCAAGCCUCCUAACCACCAUCCCGCACUUUUAUAUACUACCAUCCCCAAUGCGGUCCCUCUCAACCCUGUCGCGCCAUCUAUAACCUACCACCCCCAUCCCGCCGUACCAGGCCUCGGCAUGGCCAUGAAUGUACUCUCCCCCUCCGAGUGCAAAGCCAUCAUCGCUGCCGGUGAAUCUGUCAACUUCGUUCCCGACGUGCCUCUCCGCGAAGACGGCGACAUGAGUGUUCUGGCCCAUAACUUCUAUUGGGUCAUUGACACCACAUUCCACGAUAUACUAUGGUCCCGUAUCUCCGCUUAUGUUCCACCAUCCAUCAAUGGCCGCAUGGUCCGUGGUAUCAACCGCCGAUUCCGUGUAUACAGAUACGUCCCGGGUGCUGAAUAUCGAUGCCAUAUUGAUGGCGCGUGGCCACCAUCCGGUAUUCUGCCGGACGACACAUAUGUGUACGACUCAUCACCUGAAGAUAACAGGCAGAGCUCCAUGUAUACCUUCUUGCUAUAUCUCAAUGAUGAGUUUGAGGGUGGAGAGACCACUUUCUUCAUGCCUGCUGCACGAGAAGGCACGCUAAAUGCGUACCCGGUGCGGCCGGUUAUGGGAUCGGUCGCCAUCUUCCCGCAUGGUGAAGCAAACGGGGCGUUGUUGCAUGAGGGUACUGGUGUAAGGAAGGGAGCGAAGUAUAUCAUUCGAACUGACGUAGAGUAUGAUGUAAAGCCACAACAGUAA